CCUUCCUGCAAGAGGGGGAGGGGGCUGUUGUCUGCUUUGCAAAGGCUGCCUCGGCGGCGCCUUCUGCGCUCUGGCUUCCUGAGAGCACAGAUGGAUGAGCACUACUCAACUGGCCAUGAAGGAAGAAGAGGUCAUGCUAUGGAAGCUGGGAGCAGUGGGAGAUUCUGGGAAAACUCGGUGCAUACGUUCCAUGGUGAGGUGGACACUCUUCACUCAGAUGUGCCGAACCAACAGUUCAGACAUCUCUGCAGCCAGGAAGCGAAAGCACCUCGAGAGGUUUGCAGCCAGUUCUACUGCCUUGACCGUCAGUGGCUGAAGCCAGAAAGGCACACGAAAUUUCAGAUGCUGGACCUGCUGAUCUUGGAGCAGUUCCUGGCUGUCCUUCCCCUGGAGAUGGAGAGCUGGGUGAGGGAAUGCGGAGCAGAGACCAGUUCCCAGGCAGUGGCCUUGGCUGAAGGAUUCCUCCUCAGUCAGGCAGAGGAGAGGAAGCAGGAAAAGGAUCUGGUUGCAGAAAUUGGCUGCAAUUCCUCUGAAGCAGAGAAGACUCUGUUGGACACCAGAGAGAGUUCACUAGGUGAAAGAAGAAUGUCAACCAGACUUCCUCACCCGUCUUUUCAUGCUGGUGGAGAGGAAGCAGCAGCUGUGGAAGCAGAUCAGAUCGAUGGAUUAUCGGGAGGGGUGCAUUCCAUCCUGCACCUGGAGAUGUACGUGAUCUGA